AUAGGUAAACAUUCCAAAGAACAUUGCCAUGAAAAGUCAUUCAUAUCUGGAAUUUGAACAUAUCUCAAAUCAGCUCUAUGGAACACCAUUACCAGUUAACAAUUGUUUGAAAUUGCUAACUAUUUAUUUGUAGCUAACAAUAUAAAAGUGCUCCUCUUUCUUCAGAUGAACAGAACCUGCAGAACUUACCAGUGAUUCACAUUAACAGUACCUUGUUUUUAGGAGACCAUCAUCACCAUUGCAAUGUUGACCAUAUCUCUGCUGCUGUGUGCUGCCCUUGCUCUGAGUCAAGCAACAGGAGCUAAGGUGGCAGAGGAGGCCGUAGCGGCAGCAGAGAACAGGAACCAAUGCCCCACAGGCUGGUUCCAAUUUGGAUCGCGCUGCUUCAUGUUCGUCGAGACUGCAAGGACAUGGCCCCUAGCAGAGCACCACUGUGUGUCCAUUGGAGCAAACCUGGCAUCUGUGCACAGCUCUGCGGAAUAUCAAUUUCUACAGGAAGUGGUGGGGAGCAAGAUUGGCGGUUUCUCUACUACCUGGAUUGGAGGAUUUGAUGCUGUUCAGGACAGGCUAUGGUUUUGGAGCGACGGCUCCGAAUUUGAUUACCAGAACUGGAAGAAAGGAGAGCCCAAUAAUAGCGGUGGCAGAGAGCCAUGUAUGGUGAUGAACUGGGGAGAUGAAUACCGCUGGAACGAUAUAAACUGUGGAAACAGCUUUCCCUCUGUGUGCUCCAAAAGAAUCUGUGAAAUAGAGAAAAACUGAAACCAUAAAUGCUACUCGAUAGUGUCAGCAUCCAACUGAACACUUUUUAUGGUAAAGUCAAAUAUUUAGUAAAGAUUAUUUGUUGCUGUAAACUGUACGUUUGAGUUAGUUGUUGUUCAUAAAUGUUGAGUAAUGGUUUUGUUGUUUAUUGUCAAUAAAACGGUUGUACACAUUA